GGCAAGUUCGUGGAGCUGCUGCAGACAGUGCUGUGCUCAGCCAAGACCCCUGAGCAGAUUCAGGUGUUAUGUGCUGCCAUCCUGAGAGAGAUGUCGCCCUGCAAUGAUCUGAUCCUCUCCUGUGAUGAGAUUCAAGAUACAAAGCUCUUGAGCCUGGUGUCCUCCAUCCUUUUGGCUCAGGGCAAUAAGGCUGAAGUAUCUGCUGUGGGGCAACGGAUUGUAAAAGCCCUGGAAAGGAGACUGCCUGAGGGCCAGAAUGCUCGGUGCCUUCUUCCUGUCCUCUCCAAUGUCAUCAGUCUUUCACCAGAAGCUCUAACUGAAGAGCAGACCAAUGUAGUCAGUAAGAAGAUGGCUGACUGGCUGAGGAAUGCAAGUAUGCAGCAAAGAGUCACUCAAUCUUUUGGAGGCUUCUUCUCCAGCCCCAGGAGAAGGCAGCCUGGCCCUGUCACAGAGGUGGAUGGUGCCAUUGCCACAGACUUCUUCACAGUGCUGUCAGUGGGUCAGUCCUACACACAGGACCAGUGGCUCAACAUGCAGGCCUUCUCCAUGCUGCAAAACUGGCUGCUGUGCUACGGGGACAGGGGGCUGAAAACCCCCAAUUCAGGUGACAAAUCAGGAAUGGAGAAGUCUGUAACAUCCGUGGUCUCUGCUGCAUCCGCAUCCAGUCACCUCCUUCCCCCCAGGGACCGUCUGCGGGAAAAGGCCUUCGAGUACUGCCAGCGGCUGCUCCAGCAGAGCACCCGGCGACCUCUGAAGAAAGAUGAUGGAGAUCUGCAGAAAGCUUGUCUCAUUGAGGCAGUGAAAAUCAUGGACCUCAUCUGCAAACAGGACUCCUCCUACGUGUACCAUGCAGCCUCCUCCCUGAAAAUCCUGCAUGGCAGAAUCUGUGGGGAUGCCACUUAUGCCAGGGCAUUGCUGCCCAUUGCCCAGUUCUUCCUGAACCACAGCGAAACAGCAGCUGUGGACUCUGAUGCAAUCUACAAACACUUGUUCACUGAUAUCCCAGCUCAGCUCUUCCACAACCCGUUCCUGGCCUUUGAAUUUGUCCAGUUCUGCAAAGACAACAGCCAGCUCUUCACUGAGACCUCCAGCAUAUUCAGGCAGAGCUUCCCAAAUCUCUUCAAGUUCCUGGCAUGGAACAGCCCACCCCUUAUCUCUGAGUUUGUGGACCUUCUCCCGUUUCUACUGGAUGCAAGCACAGCUGUUGAGAUCUUCCAUUUGCUGCUAGACCUGCCCUGUUUAACUGCAGCUCUGGACACCCAGCUGAGGUCAUCUGCUCCUCCUACCUCUGAGAAGGCUUCCUGUGACCCAGCCAGGGAGCCAGCCACCUGCCUGGAAGCCUUUCACCAUCCCCUCUACAAGAACAUGUUCCAGUAUCUUCUCCGCACCAAAUCCACUCCUGAGGAUGCCCCAGAGAGGCUGAUUCCACUUCGGCAGCUGCUGGGAUCCCUGGCCAGCAGCCCAAGGGUGGUGCAGUGUGCAGAGACUGUGCCUGUCUUAAUGGAGCUCUUUUUCAAGGUGGUGGCAGAGUUUGCAGAUGGACCACUGAUAAACCAGCUGGUGGUGCUGCUGCUGCAGAGGAGUGACCAUCUCUAUGACAUUCCAGCAUUUAAAGAUGAAGUGUACAGGGUGCUGAGCUCACAGCUGGUGGUGCUUUGCAAGCUGCACCCUGCCCUCAUCGUGGAACAGUCCACAGAGAUUCUGGAGUUCUCAGGAACAGUCAGCAAUGUCCAGAACAAGGAAGUCAUCUUCACCCACAUGGUCUGGGCUAUUGGAGAGUACAUGUCAGUGUCCUAUGACAAGCGCUGCACUGUGGAGCAGAUCAGCCGGUUCUUUGAGACCCUGGAGGCCGUGUUAUUUGAAAUCACCCAGCUCAGACCACUGGCCAGCACCCCCCGCUACCCCCCCCGGGCCAUCAGUGUCCUUAUGGUCACCUUGACCAAGUUGGCAGCUCGCAGCCAGGACUUGAUCCCCAGAGUGUCCAUGUUCCUGUCCAAGAUGAGGACAUUUGUGCAGAGUCCUGCUAUCACCUCUGUUUACUGUGAGGAAGACCUUAAGGAGAUCCUUAUCCGGGCAACUGAGCUCAUGAACCUACUGAAAAUGCCAAGUGUGGCUCAGUUUGUGUUCACGCCGCCUGUAGACGUGGCCAGCACACGGUUUCAGAGAGAGGUGAAUGAAACCCUGCCUUUUGCCCUGAGGAUGGUCACCCGUCUCCUAGAGCCAGCUCCUGGCUUCAUGCCAGGCUGAGGGCCUUGUGUUUCCAAGAGGCUUCAACCCUUGUUGUCACUCAUGGGACACUGCUGACACUCCA